UCGUAUUUUAUGUUUUAUUAUAGUGUCGUUCGUAUCUAAGUGAAAAUUAAAAACAUUUUUCAGUAAUUAAAACUUGAAACGUGAAAAGUGCAUAUACAUCUACAUUUCAAUAAUAACUAGUUCAUACUGUGGAAAAUCUAGAAAAUCAAUUAUUUGUGUUUGUUAACCUGAGUAAAGGGCAACCAUUAGGUUGUGACCUAAGUAAGAAUCUACUUAGAUUAAGGGUCUUCAUUCAAGCCCUAAAGCCUCUAUUAAGAUAUCGGACGUCUUCUUUAAUAAAAACUAAAAGAAGAAAGACGAAGGUUUAAAUAUUUAACAUGAGCGGCGGUGGAGUUGGGAGUGACUCUGCAGCGCCAAGUGGUCCGCGAGUGGUACAUAUUUAUAAGACGGAAACAGGCUUUGGUUUCAACGUACGUGGACAAGUUUCUGAAGGUGGGCAACUUCGUUCGAUAAAUGGGGAAUUAUAUGCUCCUUUGCAACAUGUGAGUGCUGUUCUGGAAAAUGGGGCGGCAGAGAAGGCUGGAAUAAAGAAAGGAGAUCGCAUUCUAGAGGUCAAUGGUGUUAGCGUAGAAGGAGCUACACAUAAGCAAGUCGUUGAUUUGAUCAAGUCGGGAGGAGAUUGUUUAACUCUAACUGUAAUUUCAGUUACACAGCAAGAAGCGGAGAGACUUGAACCUCAGGAAGAUCAGAGUGGUUACUCAUAUAUUGACUAUUCUGAUAAACGAUCGUUACCCAUUAGUAUACCAGAUUACAGCAUUGUGAAUCGCAAUGGAGAGCGAUACAUCGUAUUCAAUAUUCAUAUGGCCGGUCGUCAACUGUGUUCCCGCCGUUAUCGGGAGUUUUCCAAUCUUCACUCCAUUUUACGGAAAGAAUUCGCCGGUUUUAAUUUUCCAAAACUGCCCGGAAAAUGGCCAUUCCAAUUGAGUGAGCAACAAUUGGAUACACGUCGACGAGGCCUUGAGCAGUACUUGGAAAAAGUGUGCGCUGUGCGCGUGAUCGCUGAAAGCGAUGCUGUUCAAGAUUUUCUCACUGACUCCGAAGAUGAUAUAUCAGCUUCUCCAGUGGACAUCAAAGUAAUGCUGCCUGAUCAUGAAGUGUCAACUGUCUCUGUCCGAAAGUCUGCAAACGCGCAGGCAGUAUGGGAACUUCUGGUCCAACGUGCCAAUCUAACAUCAUACACACAGCAAUAUUUUUACCUUUUUGAGAUUGUUGAAUAUAAUUUCGAAAGAAAACUGCAGCCACAUGAGAUUCCACAUCAGCUGUAUGUGCAAAACUACAGCACUGCAUCGAGCACUUGCCUUUGUGUGCGUCGAUGGUUGUUUUCAGUGAACAGGGAACUUGGUCUACCGGAUGGGGAACAAGCAGCCAAGUUUAUUUUCUAUCAGGCGGUCGAUGAAGUUAAUCGUGGGUAUAUACGCGCCGAAGGGCGCCUAUACGAGUUAAAGGCCUUGCAAGAUGCGAAGAAAGCAUCGGAAUAUUUGGCAUUGGCGCGAACAUUACCCGGAUACGGUGAUGUUGUAUUUCCGCAUUGUGCCUGUGAUAGUCGCAAAGAGGGACAUGUUAUACCAGCUGUCGGUAUAAAAAGCUUCCGUCUGCAUGCUUGUCGGGAAGAUGGUUCAAUGGAGGCGCAAAUGGUUGAGCUAACAUGGGAGAGCAUAACACGGUGGGAGAGUGACGAGGAGUCCAUGUCUUUCUGCUUUCAAUACAAUCGUCCGGACAAACCGGCACGUUGGGUUAAAGUAUAUACGCCAUAUCAUUCAUUUUUAGCGGAUUGUUUCGAUCGAAUAGUGGAGGAACGAAAGUGGGAAGACACUGGUGAUUAACAAAAACGCAUUCACAACGCUUGAGCGUGGGCUUCGAUUUAUUCUAGUUUUACAACCAUUUAGGCAUUUCACAGCAUUAACUCAUUAUCACUUAGCAUUUCACUAUUUACACACUCGUUGAUAAUCAGUAUCUGAAAGCUACAACAUUUUCCACUUCUGUCAUUUCCUCACCGCCCGUCAACUCCGUCAAGUGAAUUCUUUCGUGUACUUAGUAGAAAGUGGUCUGAAAAUCAUAUACACUUAAUUUUUGCAUUGAAUGAACGGCCAUAACAUCUCGAAUAUAUAUAAAUGUAUAUAUUUUUCAAGUAUUAAGUAAUUUGAGCAGUCCAACCCUAAUUGUUGAAUCGGUUGACGAGCUUUGCAUGCAUUGCAUCAUAAAACAUAACUACAUACAUAUAAGACAGAAUUGGCGGGUUUUAAAAUUAAGUAAAAUGUAAAUACAUAUACAUACAUAUGUACAUGUAUGUAUGCGUACAUGUAUUUAAAUGCACCAUAACAAUUUCCAAUGUGAACAAAUUGGCAUUUCGCACUAAGAUAAAAUUGCUUUUAACGUAAAUUCAUUAAAAAUUAAUGUAAGCUGUUUAAAAGAAAUUAAUAUUAAAAUUGUUGUCAAUUUCUAAGGAAGCAAAUUAACGUACUCCAUAGUAGAACAAAAUAUAGCGAAAAUUACAUUGACAAAGCAAUUAACGAAAAUAUAAAUAAUCAUUGCUUACGAGUGAUAAUCAAAUGAAAACAAAUUGUUUAUGAAUUAAAACUCUAAAAAGCGUUAAAAUAGCUACAAAGUUAAAAUGCACGAGCAUUGUCCCAAAGUAAAUGACAGUUACAACCUAAAUGAAUUAUAUUUGUAGAGGACUAGGAACAUUCUGCUACAAUGUCUCAUGUAAAUUUAACAUAAAUCGUAAAACGAACAAACCUAAAUACAGAAAAGCUGUAAUAAUCUAUCUGUAUGUAUAUAAUACUUCUAUGUUAUGAGUACAAACCAAGAAUAUUCAGCAACAGAAAGUAUCCAAAAUGAGAAUUAUUUUGUUGUCUGCUUUUGACGAAUUCGUAUUCUCGAUAUAUUUUUCAGAGUUCUUUAUUGUUCCUCAAAAGGUUUCAAAUAUAGAAUGCGAAAAAUGGAUAAACAAAUAUUGAAUAUAUUCGUGCGAUCAGUUUCAGAUUGCAUGUUGUUUCUCUAUAAUUCUAGAAAUAAAACAUAUUGUGAGCCUGAGAUAUUGUCAAUAUAGAAGCAUUAAAUACAUAUAUACCCUAUAAUCAUUUAUAAAUAAACUUGUAUUCAUUUUAUAUCAGUUUGAAUAUAAUUCGAAGCAUUAAGAGUGAGGACAAGGAAUUCUCAAGUAGAACUCACACACAUAAUACACUUCAUAAGCACAUACUCGUACAUGUAAAUUUCACGCAUAUUCAAUGAAGCGUUUGCGUAUAUAUAUACAGAAAAUACCGCUUAUUUCACAGUACACCUACAAAUUAUAUUGAUUUCGAAACAUAGUGAUAUUCUAUAGAUUCAUGAUAAUUACAAAUUGUUCUUUGAAAAGAAAACAAAUGUGGCCAUUACAUUAUAUUAUUAUUGAUUAUUAUGUUAUACUAGCCAACUAGCCAACUAGUUCUGGCUCUGACAUUCCUUAUGUAGUUAAAAUGAGUAGGCAUCAGACGAGUUUAUAUGAGUAUAACGGUAACAACUGAAUGCAUUUACUGAAUAAAAUUAGAAACGAACAGAAAAUGUUAAUCCUGACAAAAAACAUAUUCCUAAAGCUUCUUUAAGCUCUGCUGAUGCAUCAAAACUCAAAUGAAAAACGCGAAAAUACGAGCAAAUAUAACAUUUUAACUUAAGUAUAAAAUAGAUUGUUACAAUUCUCAUAUUAACAUGAAUUUAAUUCUAUUACCUUUAUUAUACAUACAUAUUUAUAGAUUGUCAAUAUAAUGUUUUGCUUAAAUCAAUAUAUUCAUGCAUAGCAACUAGUUUCGUAGAUCAAAGAACGAUAAAAGGUUUUUGUUUGAAUAUUUCGGCCUUUCGAAAUUAUGUAUCCACUGCUUGAGAAUAUCUAAACAACAACUGCUUAUUACUACAGUAAAUGUGAUUUAUGAAUUUGUAACGAAAUUCUCUAACAAAACUCGAAAAAGAACUAAUUCGAAGCUAAAAUGUUUAGAUCUCUUCCAUUAAUGAAUAUACAGACAUUUAUUAUAUAUUUCAGGCAGUUGCUGUCUUACAUUUAGAAAUUCACUAUCACGUUUUAGAUUUACGUUAUGAACAUAUAUUGUGAUUAUUUAAAUUAUUAUUUUUUAUUAUUAUUGCCAAUAAAAUAAACUGCGUCUAAAUACAAUGCGACUCACUUAUUUAUCGAAUGGGAUUACUUGACUUGUGAAUAAAAUUAUAAUGCGAUCCUAAAUUAAAACCUAAUACUAACCUAUACUGCCAACAGCUUUACCUUCAAAAUGAGGCUUAACCGAAGCGCUGUAUUGGCUAUGAAAUAUGGCAGGCCACCGAUCUGAAUAUGAUCUUAAAUACCUUAAACACCUGUAUUUGUGUGACAAUCGUUUGUCUAUAGCCCUCGAAUACAAGCACUGUAUAUGACGUAUAUAACACAUGUACAUAUGUAUGUAUGCAUUUGUAAUGUAAACACAACACAACUGGAGCGUUUUUCAAAUUUUCAAUUAACGCUAUCAGUUAUAGUCAAGCCUAUGCAAAUAUUGACUAAAGAUAUUGAUAAUUAUAGUGAUAAGAGGCUAUGAGAUCUUUAGCUAAUUAUAAAUUGAAGUAAAUACAAAAUGUGUUUGUCAUUUAAGCUACUCUUAAUGCGGUUAAUUAGUUGAAUCAAUAAUAGCUCAAAGCGACUGCCGCUUAAUAGCUUGCCUACAACAAUACAUACAUACAUACAUACAUACAUUCAUAUUAUAUAUGGAUGCAAUGCAAAUAGAGUUGAUCGUCGUUUAAUCUAUAUAGCAUAUUAAAAUAAGCUAAAAGGAGAGUGAGGAGGAGGAGUGGUCUAGUUAUCACAUCCAAUAAAGGCGUCAUUAAUUAAUUGAGUUAUUCACUUUGCAACCCAGCGCUGACAGGGUUUACCGGUCGCAUGCGUAAUAUUACCAAAUUCUCAAAGCCUUUUUAGCAUACAGCGCAGCGAUCUGAACAGGCUCUUCGUGUUAUAAAUCGUUCUUAAAAUGUGCCUGAGUACAUUGUAUGUAUCUAUGUAUGUAUUGUAUACUUUGGAAGAAUCGUAAAUCACGACUAUGAAUGUAGUCAUGUGUUGCUAUAAACGGCUAUCGAGCGGCUUCAUCACACAGAUAAGAGAGGCAUGCAAGGGACACAACAAAUAUUAUCUCAACCGAAUCUUUACAGUGCCAAUUAUCAGCGACUCGUGAAAACUGUGUGCGUGUUAGUUAACAUACAGACAUACAUACACACACAUACAGCCAUGCAUAUUUACGUCAGUGUACGCUGAUAAUUAGCGAGAAGCGAAGUUAUUGCCAAACUUUUAGGCCAUACGCGUGUAUGCAAGCGUGUUGUGAACCCGCGAGGAUGAUAACUUCUUCGCUUACCAAUGUUUACCCACUUAUAAUUGGAAUGCCUGACACAGUGCAGCUACGUAUGCGCGGCUAUUGAGUGUUUUUAUCACUCGUAUCACUGGCUGCCAGUGUGUUGGUGCGCCGGAGCCGCUGAGAAUGCGCUCAGAAUCGCUACGCUUGUCGACUUUGUAAUCUUUGUAUAGAUGCAAAACAACGUUAACGGCUCACAGUGGCUUCGAAGUCUACACGGUGCGCACACGUAAAUAGAAUUGCUCGGAAACGAUCGCAAAGCUCGCGCUGCACAGUUUCGGUACAAAAAAGUUUGACUCACAAGUGGUUGAAAGAUUACGCCUUCUAUUGAUAAACAUUUCAUUCAUAUAAAACGUAUUGAAUCAAGUUUUUAAUAUAUCUAUCACGGAGAAAAACACGAAUAAAUGUGCGAAUUUAUGUGAAAUAUGUAUACGAAUUAAUUAGCAUAGCAAUUAACUAAGCACUCAAAAUGAACGACAGAGAAUACAGUAAAGAACAGUAUGAGAACAGCGAACAACGCAAGCCC